GAAACGAUACUACUCACUCUCCUUUGCCGAAUGUGUCUCCGUUCAAUAAGAUAAGCGAGGCGGAGAUUAACAAGCAGAUUAACAGAGAGCUGUUCGCCCAUUACACCUACUUGUCCAUGGUAAGACUGAAAAUAUAGGAUGUAUUGACGUAAAAUACUCCUGAUUCACACGCAAGUGGUCUUGCUUGGCAAGGUUGCCUCCCACUCAGACAUUCUUAAGCCCAUUGCAAACGGACGCAACAUUGAAAUCGUUGGCCAACAACUUUGAGCAUUGUUGGAUGUUAUAUGUUACGUCCGUUGUCACACCCUUUUGAACGUUGUUGUUGUUAGGAGUUGUUGCGCAAAGUUUGAAACCCGGUCAAACUUUAGCGCCAACAACUACCAACAUUUCUUUUGUUCCGUGAUCGCCAAUGCGUCGCGCAACAAUGUUGGCCCCUUUGGCACAGCUCUUCUAACAUUGUUGGGGCCACGCACGCGCAUCAAACAUAGUCUUCAACGUCUUAUGGGAUGUAUCCUUCCCACGAUGCACUGCAGGUCCCAACAUUGUUGGAAGUUGUUGCAUCAGUUUGCACAACAUCGCCAACACGGACGCAACAACUGCCAACAUUGUUGACCCAACAAUAUUGGAAGUUGUACGUUGCGUCCGUCAGCGCGUUGCUUUAGAACUUCGUCACGCGUUCCAGGCGAGUCCAAUGGUGACCAAAAUCAAUUUUCUCCGAACAAUAUCCAUACUUGAUCAAGAGGAAAUGUUACGAGAAUUAAUAAAAUGAUCACCAAAGGACAAAAUACUUUGAUCUUUUAACAAAUUCUCUCAACUAAUGUUUCAAGAAAUGUAUGGAGAUCACUCUGGAGGAUUUCUAUGUGGAUAUUGUGACUUAAAGGAUUAAACAACGCACCUCCUUGAUACCGAAAUCAAGAGUCGAGUGUCCGCAUUACAGACGUGUCUGCAUUAUAGAUUGGAUUGUUUAGCACCAGUUCAGAGGUGUGUGUCCGUUAUAUAGAGGUGUCUGCCGCUAUACAUAGGUGUCUGUUCGUUAUGUACAGAUGCCUGUCCCUUAUAUAGAGAUGUCUGUCCGUUUUAUAGAAGUGUCUGUCCGUUAUAUAGUGGUGUCUGCCGCUAUGUAUAUGUGUCUGUUCAUUAUGUACAGUUUUCUGUCCGUUAUGUACAGAUGCCUGUCCCUCAUAUAGAGGUGUCUGUCAGUAAUACAGAUAUGUCUGUCCGUUAUAUAGAGGUGUCUGUUCGUUAUACAGAGGUUUCUGUCCGUUAAGUUCUGGUGUCUGUUGGUUAUAUAGAGGUCUCUGUGUUUCUUAGUAGAAGUUCGACUGUAAAUCCUCUGCUUCUUAUUCAGGCCAUGCACUUUAACCGUGACGACAUCAACCUUCCUGGAUUCCACAAGUUCUUCUUGGAGUCGGCAGAGGAAGAGAUGAAGCAUGCUCAGAAGGUUAUUUUGACUUACUUUUUUUACUUUUUGAACUCUUACCGUAAAGUUACCAAAGUAACGACCCCUUUAAAGUAGCGAUCCUUCGAAAGUAGCGAUAAAAUUUCACAGGUGUUAGCAAAUGCCAAAAGUAGCGACCCUUCGAAAGUAGCGACUUCAAAAGUGAUUUCCUUUCUUGCUUGAAAUAACGGAAAUUAUAGUUACAACAAGCUAAACUGAACUGAUCCGAGAUUUACUUUUCAACGGUUAUAAUGAUCUUUGACAUUCCUUUAUGUAACUCAGAUGGUACAUCACAUCUUUUUUUCAUAAAGUCUUCCUUUCGUAUUGACUAUUUUCCAAUUGCCCAUAAUACACUCUAUUUGCCCCCCAAAUUUUGCAUAACUUAUUGUCUUAAAAUGCUCUUGGGAAAAUGCAAUACUCCCAGGAGCAUUUAAAAACAAUGGUUUAUGCAGAAUUUGGGGGGCAAACAGAGUGUAUUAUGGGCAAUUGGAAAAUAGAGAAUUUGAAGAAACGAAGCGAAAAGGCAGAGAAAAUGCCUUAUUUCUUUCGCCCCCUCCCCAUCGUUUCUUCGUUUGACGACUUACGUACUUUACAAAAGAAAAAAAAAAAUGUAAAUUGUAAUUUGUUUACCCACGGAGCACUAAGGAGUUCAUGAGAACUCGUUGAAACGUGUCCGUGCGUUCCAGAUCGAAUUGGAAUUUGAAAGUGUUGGUUUUUAAGGAGAGAGGAAAACCGGAGUACCCGGAGAAAAACCUCUCGGAGCAAGGGAGAGAACCAACAACAAGCUCAACCCACACAUGGCGUCGACGCCAGGAUUCGAACCCGGGCCACAUUGGUGGGAGGUGAGUGCUCUCACCACUGCGCCACCCUUGCUCCCUCCCUUACAAAACACAAAUUAAAAACAAACCCCAAAAACAGCGCGCCACGUAGGGUAAGAAGAGAAUGAUGGAAACUAGGCUUAAAUGCGAAUUUGGCGGCACGCUCAAAAACAGACUAGAAGGGUAAGGGACGAGUAAGUGGAAAGGCUGGAACAGUAUAAGCGUGUUUUCAACCAUUAAGGCCCUGUCCAAUAAAAUUUCCAUCGGUUUAGCGUUUUAGUAUGGACUGCGAAAACGAAUCGAACACGCUUCGUAUGGACGCAUAUUUCCGUUUUGAAAAAAUAUCCGGAUACGUGUAGACGGGGCCUAAGUCAAAUUGAUAUACUAAUUGAACUUUCUUAUAUUUGCACACAGUUUAUGAAAUAUCAGAACAUGCGUGGAGGACGUGUUAAGUUGCAUCACAUAAUGGUAAGAUAUUUGCUAUUCUUCAGCGCAAAAAAGGAGACAACAACAACAAAGCUUUCUAAAACAUCACCACUAAAAAAAAGUUCCCGUUAUUUACCCUCGGCAGUUUUAUUGCGCUUAUGCUAGUAAGGCCGAGCAAAUUCUUGAAACAAAUAAUUUUAAUCAAACAUAAUGGGGUCAAGAAUUCCAACUGGCCGGAGGCAAGGCAGCUGGCUAUUUAUCGAGAACAAAUCCAGCUUGCGGUCAGGGCAUCGGCACUUGGACUCGGGGCUUCCGAAUUACAAGUCCAGCUCUCUGACCACUCGGCCACCCUGCCUCUCUAUGGAUAGGCUGGCUAUUAUAUCCAUCGCCGUCAGUCAAAAAGCUAAAGACAUCAAUUUGCUCAGUGCCUUCCAAAAUGAGCGAACGAGCGCGGUUUUCCUCUUAAACUGUCAGCAAAGGAAGUAAUCGCCUGAAUGAUUGAAGGUGAUAUCUUGGAUAGUUCUGUUUGAGUCUGUGGACCAAAUGUUUGUACUGUAACCAUUCAAAUGAAACCUCUUUAAUAAUACUUAAACAUUGUUCUAUUUGUGUUUCAGCAUUUGGCAAAGUGAAACUUGACAAUUUUGUUGAAUAUUUUUUACUUAAGCUGCUUUAGAGAGUGCAAGGGGUAAUUGUAGUUUGUUUACUCUCAAAACACUCGGGUCGGGGAACUCAUAAUUUGUUAUCGGGAUUUAAAGGUUUUUAAGGAAACUGACAAACCGAUGUACUCAGAAAAAAGUUUUCAGUGCAACUCCCAAGGGAGAACAACAACAAACAAAGUAAACGCACACAUGCCGCCAUCUCCGAGAAUCAAUUCUUGGACGCAGUGGAGAGAAAAAAAAAACUCUUCUUUCCUGAGUUUCAAACAUUCGCUUGACUCCUCGAGAAAGCGACUGUCUGGAGAAAUGGUACGGCCCCAAAAAUUUGUUUGUAGAAUUCUUUGCUGUGUAGCUUCAGUUGACAAUUCAUUUUAUUUUUUUCAGAACAACCGGUUUACGGAAAUUAUUCGACAUUAGAUUCUCAUACAAACACUGUUAUUUCUCACGCGGUUUCCUGCUCGUCAAGAUGGCUUCUAAACCGUGACAAGGUCUAUUCUCCAUCGACACCAGAAGCUCUGCUGUCUUAAAAAUGGUGUUUUUUCUUUUUAACAGAAACCUUAUGAGAAUCACUGGGGAAAUGGUUUAGGCGCUAUGACGCACGCCUAUCACCUUGAAUUGGAGGUAUACCAAGCAUUAGUAGACAUCCAUAAGAAGGCAUCGGAUGAUCCUCAGGUAAAGAACUUAGUUUCUCUGAAACCACUCACUCACUCACGGCUCACUAACUAGCCUGUCUAGCAGGCGUUUAAAAGAGAAGGGAAAGAGGAUUACAGGCGCGCGAGAAACGUCAAGGACACGCGAGGGUUCCCCUCCUCCCUUCUCCCUCGCGCGCGGUCUCGAGCCCAAAUUCCCUUUCGAACGCCUGCUAGUCAGUCUACUCACUCACUCACUCACUCAAUUUCAUCAUCCUGUCUGGGAGGCCGCGCAGAUCUGGCAACAUGUUGUUUUUUUCUGGGUAGGGUUGUUAGCCUCACGCCCAACCCCUAACAAGGGGGACCAGGUGCUGCUGUUAGUCUGUCCUCCCUAACCUAUCCGGCAAGGGUUGUCCUCGCUGUAGUUUAAAUACCCCUGCAGUAUAGUUCACAGCGUCAUUAAUGUACCCAAGCUCCCCCUCCAUGACAAGGUAAAAGCAUACAGGGUAGUCUGAAACUGCUUAGUCUUCCCUGUUCUGAUCUUUGGCCUGUGCUUUAGCCCGUGUUGGACCCCACUCCUCCAGCUCUUUCAUCACUGUUCUCCCCCAGGUGGUUUUUGGCCUCUUUUCCUCUUUUCAGUUGGGGUCCAUUUCAUAAAAAUUUGAUUCUCCCGUCAUUGGGCAUCCUUAGGACAUGACCAAGCCAUCGCAGCCUGCGGUUCUUAGUUAAGUCAGAAACCAAUGCACGUCGUUAAAUGAAGUCAAAAAUCUUAAGCUUUGAGAAGUAGCGAUUUACUGGUUUUUAUCUCUUGGCGACAUCGAAGGAGAAAAAAGAUCUCUUUCCCCCGCCUUCUCUCUUGCGUGACUUUUUUCCCGCCAAAUGGAGAGCCUGCUCGCAGGUUAUCAGCUUAGAGACUGCUCAGUGUGAAAACCACUCCUUCACUAGUCAAGAAGUCGGGCAGACAGAUAAUGACAUAAUGUUUUUUUUUCUCCACAGUUUCAAGACUUUUUGGAGUCAGAAUUUCUUGGCGAGCAGGUUGAAAGUAUCAAAGAACUAUCAAACCACAUUAACACCCUCAAACGGUUUUCCGAACAAAACUACGCUCUUGGCGAAUAUCAGUUUGAUAAAGUAACUCUCGGAGGCGAAAGCAAGGAAUAGACUUAAUGAUUUUAUUGAAUUAGAAUUUUGUAAUGCAGUGGGUCUUGAAUUUUUGUAGAACAUUGAAAAUUCCUACUUUAGAAUCGUGGCAGAAAUUUAAAAUAAUAUUUUUGAAAAAUUUCAGCCCUGUAAAAUCGUGAAGUUAUGGCAGGUUAGGUUGGAAAAAUCCCAAACGAUCAGGGAUUUUACUGUUUCCUGACCUUCCCCUAUUUGGCGGCAUUAUGAAAACUCGAACUCGUAGUCAUUCGCCAUCGUCUUGGAUGAUCGAUUUUUCCGACACGUUCGAGAUUUGUGCGAUGGUCGGCGGUCAUUCUCGACAUAUGAAAACUCAAGCUUAUUCUGUCAAUGAUGUCGGGUAUCCAAUGGCGUCCGUUCGGGUUUUUCCUGACAUAUCCGCGGGCGGUGAAAUCUGGCUGAUC